AUGGAAAAUACAUCAGUAGUUACCUCCUUCAUACUGACAGCGUACAAAGAAAUGGAAGAUCUAAAAUAUUUCUACUUCACUGUAUUCUUUCUGCUUUACCUCCUAACGUUAUGUUUAAACAUACUUAUCAUUGGAGUGAUUUACUCUGAGAAAAGUCUGCAUGAACCCAUGUACAUCUUUGUGUGCAACCUUGCAGUGAAUGAAAUGUAUGGGAGCACUUCAUUAAUCCCUUCCAUUCUUGGUCGACUGAUAUCUUCCUCACAAGAAAUCUCUCUGGGACUCUGUUUGGCACAGAUUUACUGUUUGCACACGUAUGGUAUUGUUGAGUUCUCUGUUUUAGCAAUCAUGAGCUAUGACAGGUACAUUGCAAUAUGUCACCCGUUACAUUACCGCAUAAUGAUGUCUUCUGAAAAAAUAAGUUUCCUUAUUGCUUUUUCCUGGAUUUAUCCCUUCUCUGCUUUUGGCAUGUGUUUUAUCUUAACAGCUAAACUUACUUUCUGUAGCAGGUACAUUCCUAAAGUUUACUGUAUGAAUUUUGCAUUAGUAAAACUGUCAUGCUUCGAUACUUCUGUUCAUAAUAUUAUUGGCCUGAUCACAACAGUUUUAUUUGUCCUUCCUCCACUCCUGAUGGUAUUGUUUUCCUAUGCACAAAUUCUCAGAAUCUGCCUGCUUGUCUCCAAAGAAUCUCGUAUCAAAGCUUUGCGAACUUGCACUCCUCACCUCCUAGCUGUUCUCAAUUACUCCAUCGGAGUCCUUUUUGAAAUUAUUCAAAACCGUUUCAACAUGAGCUAUUUACCUUCCACUUCACGUAUGUUCAUGUCUGUUUACUUCCUUGUAUUUCCUCCUUUGUUAAACCCUGCAAUUUAUGGACUGAGUGUUCAAAGCGUGGCACAGGACAAUGUAACUGGAGUAAAGAAGAGUCAGCUGGAUGGAGGGUAG